AUGCCUGCUGUCCCAACAGACUUACCAUCACAUCAGGUAGUAGGACAUGAAAUAUGUAAGACCUUAACACUCUCGUCACCAGGACCACAUGCACUUCUCUUGUGCAUUCCAGCAACAGAACUUGCGAAUUGCUUGAAUUAUACUAAUGCCCUUAAGCCUUACCAAAAACUCUUCGGCGAUGACAUUUAUGACUUCGUUAUCAUUGUCCUAACUAGAUUCGACGAGGUUAAACAUGAGGGUUCUAGUACUUUGAGAAAGGAAACUAAUAUAAACGAUGAAUUUAAAUAUGCCGUUGCAAACAAUACUGUAUUAAAGAAAAUUGAUAACGUUAUGAAUAAUAAAAUCAUCCUAGAAGCAAGAUUAAGUAGAGAUGAAAAAGACAUGAAAUGGAAGGAAGUAAUCGGCGUUAUUAAAAAAACACGGACAAGAAGGAAAGACAGAGGAAAAAGAGAAUUUGCUAGUUGCAAUUUAACUGAAGUGGCUGAAAUCGACCUACAGAAACAAAUACAAAAGGAAACAGCAGUCGGUUCUCAAAGUUUAAGAGAUAAAACGAAAAAGAACAAACACCAUCUUGAUCAUGUAUGUUCUAGAUGA